AUGGUGCGUCAGCGGAAAAGCACAGGGCUCUCCAGUACCACAUUUCGCCCGACCAGCCCGAGGCCAUCGUCCCUUACUCUCAACAAUGUCAUACAACUACGUCCUCGUGACCCAGUAACAAUCGAAACAAGUGUUAUUGCUGUUCCGGGCUACGGCACCCCCUCGAUCAAGAAAUGGAAGGUCAACGACGAGCUUAGACGAGCGGCGACAGGAGUACCAUCAAUAUCAACACUGCACAUAUUCGUUCAUCACCCAUCGUAUGAUCUUGGUAGCGAUGAGUUCUCAUGGGAUCAGUUUCUGAAAACUGGCAAUGAUCUCGCCGAGGAUGUUGCAGCUCUCGCUGUGGAGCAUCCACAUAGGUCUAUUAUUUUCAUUGGUCACUGUCUUGGAGGAGUGCUACUGAAGCAGGCUCUGGCAUUAGUCAACCAAAACCUACAUGAUUUUCGCUUUAGGUCACUCCUCGAAUGCGUGUCUGGCAUUGUUUUCUUGGGAACACCGCAUUCUAGCGUCAACGAUAGGGAUACAUUGAUUCGCCAUAAUGAGAUUUUAUACAAUUGCGCUAAAAUUGCUCUACAUAGAGGCUCCGAGCGACUUCCACCCCACGACGUAACCCUUCUUUCUAAUCUGGCCCAGAAAUUUGAACAGCUCGCCAAUAUACCUGUCUUGUCAGUGUACGAGCAGAGUCAAAUGCGAUCACAAGUUCAGAAGAUCUUCGGAGGCAAAAAGAAAGUAGUCGAUGAACAAUUGGCAAGCAUACGUUCGCAGACAGAGCGACUUCUAGGCGUUGCUCUUCCUCACAACGAAUUGUGCCAGUUUUCACUGCUCAAGGACGAUCAGUACUCUGCAGAAGAUUUCCUACGAUCAAUAUUCAAGACUUUAGAUGAAAAUCUAAAGCUGUCCACCGGACAGAGUACUCCCACCUUGGAGCCUCUAAAUACCCACGAUCCGCUCAAUCCGCUCAAUUUAGGAUCCGUGGAUAUAGAACAAGAGAUUAAAGCUUCUCGUCUCGCCUCUGAGGAGGAGCGUAUUAUUCAAAAGGAGCUGUCACGUCGAGCAUCCAAACUGUCUCUGCAUUCUUCCCUCGUCUCAACUGCGGCUGAAAGGUUGCUGGAGACUCGAAAAGCACGCCUUCCAUGCUUUAGUCUUGCCCAAUAUCUUCCAAAUCCGAAUUUCAUCGGGCGUGAGAACAUUUUAAAAGCCAUCGACGAUGCCUUGUUACCGUCAGAAUCUUCCGGCUCACCCACGGGCUCCAACAUUCGAUAUUAUGCGUUGUGCGGAAUGGGAGGAAUAGGCAAGACAGAUGUUGCUGUUGAGUUUGCGUUCUCGCGAAGAAAAAGAUUCGGGGCGGUGUUCUGGCUAGAGGCCGGAGGUAUAUCCCAGAUUGCUGCAGAUUUUGGUCGAGUAGCGGAGCAGCUUGGCCUUACUACCUUCGAAGAAGGGAUAGACUUGGGUACAAGCAAAGAGCUUGUAUCUGCAUGGCUCGAGAAUCCCACGAGUGAAGUCAAUGCACCGGGAGAGGUCAAAAAUGAAUCCUGGCUUCUGAUAUUCGACAAUGCAGAUAACCUGGACGUCAUCGCAGACUACCUACCCCAUAGGGGCAAUGGCUCCAUUCUGAUCACAACGCGUGAUCCUGAAGGUAAGCACUACUACGAUACCGGUUCUGGAUUUGAUGUAGAGCCUCUAUCAUCGACUGAGGCCGCUAAUCUUCUCUGUAAGUUGACGAUCCGUGCGGAGACCGCAGAGACAGAAGACGAGCAGGAAGCUUCCGUAGAAGUUGCAAAAACAUUAGACGGUCUUCCUCUGGCAAUGACACAGAUGGCAGGCUUUAUCAGACGUCGACAUUUGUCCCUGAGAGAAUUUGUGGAUCUUUAUGCAAACGAUGCACGUUAUGCUGAAAUUCACGGCGUAAGCAACUCACUGCUGGACCAUCGAUACGGAUUCACCCUCGCCACUGCGUACAAUUUCCGAGAACUUGAAACGCCAACAAUGGACAUGCUCAAAGCCUUGGCGUUCUUGAAUCCAGACCGUAUUCGGGAGCAGAUAUUCCAGCACGCUUUCAAGGCAAAAGACGGCAAAAAGUACAGCUGGUCGAGUCCUCCAGCGUACGAGAAGGCUCGAUUUGAACUCAUUUCCUCGUCGAUCAUCAAGAGAAAUAUCAACAGAAAAGAGCUUUGGAUUCACCGCAUCAUUCAAGCCGAAGUUCGCGCUCGUAUGGACGAGAAUGAUCGAUACGAGACUUUCAAAGCUGUGAUGGCUCUUCUGGUUUCACUGUGGCCACCCGGAAACCUUAGUAGCCAAGCGAGUAGACGUUGGGAUCUUUGUGAAGAUCUACUGCCACAUUUAGAGCGCCUUUAUCAAAUAUACACGGAGAACGCAGAAGCAUGGUCUGGCUUCGACAUAGAUACCACUCUGCCUACACUCAUGAACGAGGCUGGAAUCUACUGCCACGAGAGAGGAUUCUCCCAUGAAGGCAAAGUUUAUAUGAAUUUGGCAUUUGAUCUAUGCAAGAGCGCCAAUAUUACACAGCAACCGUUGUUAGGUGACAUGCAUCUUACAAUGACAGCAUUGACCAACGAAACCAACGACGCUCAAGGCUGCCUUGAGCAUAAUAUACACUGUCUCGCAAUGCGUAAAGCUGAAGCAGAAAAAAAUGGUAAUCCAGAUCUGAGACUUGCAUUCGCCCAUAGCCAGAUGGGCAUUGCUUAUAUGAUGGUUAAGAAGCCAGCAAGAGCAAUAGAGUUCUUCAAGCAGUCAAUUGCACUCCUCGAAGCCCUGGAAGUAGAUCCUGACGAGUUUGGAUUCCCUGUGUGCAAUCUCGGCUGUGGCUACUGGGUACAGGGCCAACUUGAAGAAGCAGAUAAGACGUUGACGGAUCUAAUCAAACAAAGAGAAGAGCUAUGGGGGAAACUUGAUAGCGUGUCUUAUAAGACUGGACGGGCAUUACAGGCAUUGGGGAACGUCAAAGCAGACAAAGCACGUGCACAAGAAAGAAAUGGACUUACGCAAGAAGCGCAGUCACUUUGGCAAGAAUCUUUCGUAAUCCAUUCUGAUUGUCUCAAGCAAUACGAGUCCACAGUCGGCAAAUUCAACCAUCGCACUGCAGAUAUUUGCCAUAAGUUAGCAGAGCAUCAUAUAAGGUUGAAAGAGCACCAGAUUGCGCAGGAUUACCUAGACCGAGCUCUUAGCAUAUGGGGCAACCGUCCAUGGUUCAAGAACGAGUCGGCGCGAUCAUCUUUCUUACGAGGAACACAUUUGUUGUCACUCGGAGACCCUGGGAGUAUCAAGAAGGGCAAUCAUUGGUUGGCACGCGCAAAGGAGCUUCGACGUGAGAUACUUCCCAAUGAGAAACCACGCUCCCUUGCGAUUGAAGACUUCGAUGAGCUUGUUAUAUUUUGGUCAAUCUAG